AUGGACGGAAAGAGCGCCAACCAGUCGAACACCACACGCACUCACGAUGACAAGACACUCUCGAAUCGAGUCCAGAGAGAUGAUGAGAAGGAAUAUCCAUCCAUGGAGAUUGUUCUACCGGCUAUGGCUGCAAUAUACUUAUCGCUCUUCCUUGUGGCCAUAGUAUGUCUCAAUAAGCCCGGCAGACUUUUGGCAAUAGAGCUGACUGCCGCACAGGAUAGAACCAUCAUCGGCACAGCCGUACCUGCCAUCUCAAUCCAAUUCGACAGCUUUGGAGAUAUAGCUUGGUACGAAUCAGGCUUUCUCCUUCCCCUCUGUGCCCUCCAGCUUUCGUUCGGUCUAGUAUACACAUACUAUCCAGCCAAGUGGGUUCUGGUCACUCUCGUCUCCGUGUUCGAGAUUGGUUCAAUAGUUUGUGCAUCUGCUCCAACAUCACACGCCCUGAUAGUCGGAAGAGUGAUUCAAGGCAUGGGUGGUGCAGGCAUCGCAUCUGGGGCAAUCAUACUUAUUAGCAUGCUUGUUCCUCUUCAAGCUCGACCUAAAUGGACGGGUGGCCUUGGUGCUGUCUUCGGGCUUGCAAGUAUACUCGGACCACUUCUUGGGGGAUACCUCACUUCAAUCACCUGGCGCGGGUGCUUCUGGAUCAACGUGCCUGUUGGUGGUGUAUCGCUAGCAUGCCUCGUCUUCUUCACACCGAACACUCCGCCUGCUGUCAAGGCUGCUCCAACUUGGCGGGGGAAAUUGGCCCAACUCGAUCCCUUGGGUUUCAUCUUGAUAGCGCCUUCAGUCAUCUGCUUAUUGUUCGCCAUCGAGUGGGGUGGGUCAAGGUAUCCUUGGAAUAGCGGUCAAGUCAUCGCCUUGUUCGUUGUCUUCGGCAUCCUACUCGUCGCCUUCAUAGCCUCUCAAGUUUGGCGUGGAGACAAAGCUACAUUGCCUGCAAGGAUUCUUCGACAACGCAGCAUCAUCUCUGCAUCUCUGGCGAGCGUCGGCAUCGGAUCUGUGCUCGUUAUCAAUGCCUUCUACCUCCCAUAUGGUUUCCAGGUCGUCCAAGGGAAGACACCACAGAAAUCUGGCUUGUCGUUGUUACCACUUUUCCUCAGCAACGUGUUUGCUGUCAUGAUGAGUGGCAUUGCGACGAGCAUUGUAGGCUACUAUACUCCGUUUUUGAUUGUCGGAAGCGGCAUCCUGAUCGUAGGGUCAGCACUAUUUACGACAUGGUCAGUAGAUAUUGGCGCAGGGAUAUGGAUUGAAUACCAGGUAAGACAUUCAUACCUGCUUACGGAGGAAGGCUCUGACUCGAAACAGAUCGUAACCGGCAUAGGAUUAGGGACAGUCCUACAAGGCCCAAACAUUGCAGCUCAGACGGUCCUCUCGGACCGCGACGUGGCUAUCGGAUUAUCGUUCCUGCAAUUCAUCAACUUCUUUGCGGGUAGCACCUUCAUUACUGUCUCGCAAACACUGCUCGGGAACGGUCUGAUUUCUGGGUUGAAGGACAUCCUGCCAGACUUGGACCCAAGUAAAAUCUCAGGUGGAGGCGCAAGCGCUAUUCGAGACAUAGUAUCUCCUAACCAGCUUCCUAUUGUGCUUAGGGUGUACAACGACUCGAUCAGGUCAAUCUGGUACUUGGGCUUAGGACUGUCUUGUCUUGUGUUUAUGGCAUCCUGGGGCUUCGAGUGGAGGAGUGUUAAGACGAAGAUGGGUGGCAACAAUGACACCAAAGUUUGA